UCCGGACAUUAACUUUUUCUGCUGAAACACAUACAAACCUUUUCAAACCCUUGCAUUUCAUUUUCUUGCCUCUAAAUGCAUCUAAUUCCACAUCAAAUAUUCAUCUUUUUUCAAUCAAAAACACCAUUAAUCUUUUGAUAUUCCUCAUUUUUCUCACAUGGGUUGGUUCUGUUUCUUGCACCUGUCACACUGUUCCAUAGAGUUUUCUUAAUCCUCAUUGAUCCAAGAUUUACAGAAGGUAGACAAUUACGACGGCUUAUCGGAGAAGGUUACGAAUGAGGGCCUUUCGUGACAACAUGGGAAGGCCUUUCGUGACAUUUUCAGUGUGCCGCAACCAAUACUGGUUUGUAUGUGCCUCAUUCCUCAUCUGGUUUCUAUUGCUUUGUGUAUACCACUCGCAGUUCAUGGUAGGAAAGAGCCUGAUUGCAUUGUUAGGUAAUCACAAUAUCAACAUUUCUGUCGAUGUUGCUAGUGAGUCUGAUGAUCUCAUUGAUUCGGUUUCUCUGCCCGAAGAAAUCAAUGAAAGUAGUAGCAGAAAAUCUAGAGAUGAUGCUCAUAUGAACAUUGUUUUCAAUGACCGAAGUGGUGGGGAUUUUAAUCUGAGAACGAAAGAUGUUUUCGGAAUCACAGAACAUGGCUUUGAAAAAUUUGGGCACCUUUCUAAGAAGGAAUCAGAGCCUCGUGGCAGAAAUGAUCAAGCACGCGAUCUGAGCGAAAAUAAAGCUCAAUCCGAGAAAGGGGAUGAUGCCGUUAAGCCAGAAGAACAUGUGGUUGAAAGGGUUGAAUCGGAUUCGGAAUCCGUUUCUGAAUCAUGCUUAGGUAAAUACAUUUAUGUUCAUGACAUCCCCAGCAAAUUUAACAAGGACUUCUUGAAGAAAUGUGGUUCGCUUAGCAAUUGGACUGACAUGUGUGAGCUCGCAUCAAACUUUGGUCUUGGUCCCCGUCUUUCGAAUUUUGAAAAAGUUUACUCAAACACUGGUUGGUUUGCUACAAAUCAGUUCUUGUUAGAGGUCAUAUUUCACAGCAGAAUGAAGCAGUACAAUUGUUUGACAAAAAACUCAUCCCUAGCUUCAGCCAUUUUCGUACCUUACUACGCUGGCCUAGACGUCGCACGCUACCUUUGGGGAUCGAGCAUUUCCAUGAGAGAUUCUGGUUCACUUGAGAUUGCGAAAUGGCUGACAGAAAAACCAGAGUGGAAGAAAAUGUGGGGGAGAGAUCAUUUUAUGGUGGCAGGAAGAAUUACUUGGGAUUUUCGGAGAUGGACUGACAAGGAUUCAGAGUGGGGAACGAAGCUUAUGCUUUUGCCCGAAUCGAAAAACAUGACAAUGUUGGCAAUAGAAUCCAGCCCUUGGAACAGCAAUGACUUUGCCAUACCAUAUCCAACAUACUUCCACCCUUCAAAAGACAUUGAGGUGUUCCAAUGGCAGAACCGAAUGAGGAGGCAGAAGCGGCGCAUAUUGUUCUCCUUCGCUGGCGGCCCUAGGCCUAAUCUCCAAAACUCAAUCCGCAACGAAAUCAUAGACCAAUGCAAGGCAGCAAGGAGGAAAUGCAAGCUCCUAGAAUGCACAUCCGGUCCGGACAAGUGCCACAAGCCGGUUUUUGUCAUGAAAAUGUUCCAAGGCUCCGUCUUCUGCAUGCAGCCUCCCGGGGACUCUCUAACCCGAAGAUCAAUCUUCGAUUCAAUCCUCGCAGGCUGCAUUCCAGUGUUCUUCCACCCAGGGUCCGCGUACGUUCAAUACCUAUGGCAUCUCCCCAAGGACUACACCAAAUACUCAGUCCUCAUACCAGCAUUCGACAUAAAGAAAGGGAAGGUGAGCAUUGAGAGGAUACUCAAUAACAUUCCGAGGCAGAAAGUUUACGACAUGAGAGAGGAGGUUGUGAAGCUGAUUCCUAGAGUGAUAUACGCCGAUCCAGGCUCCAGAUUGGAGACGCUGGAGGAUGCAUUCGACAUUGCGGUUAAAGGGGUUCUUGAGAGAGUGGAAACAAUUAGGAAGGACAUGAGAGAAGGGAAGAACACAAGCUUCGAUUACGCAGAGAAAGUGAGUUGGAAGUACAAUUUGUUUGGGACUGUGGAGGAACAUGAGUGGGAUCCUUUCUUUGAGAGACAACAUUUUUAAAUCUUGCCUUAGCUAGGCAGAUGAGAGUCUCUAGUUUAAUCAAAUCAAAGAAAAGGUAAACUAGUUUGUUCUUUUUCUCUCACACGUACAAUUUAUUGGUGUUCGGAAUUACUAAGCUUUAACCUUGAAAUUCUUUCAUCACUGGUAAUUUGACAAGAUCAA